CAUAUUUUAAAAUUGCUUAUCUGCUCAAGCUUUUAAAAAUAUUACUAUUUAAGAUUCUGAAACUUCUACCAUUUGAGAUUGCACGAAACAAUUCGGAUACAUGAAUUGCAGAUGCUUUUCAACAAGUGGAAGCCUAGACAGUCAGUGUAUGGAAAUAUCAUAUUGCAAGUGGUUGAUUUCAAUGAAUUUGAAAUAGGAUUAGGUAAAACAAAUGGAUGACAUUUUAAAUUAUAAAAAAUGCGCAAACGAAGAUUAUUAUAGUAUAUUAGGCUGUAAUGAGUCAUCUACUGCCGAUCAGAUUUUAGCGGAAUACAAGGUUCUUUCAUUGCUGUAUCACCCAGACAAAAAUCCUGAUGAUCCUAAUGCAGUCAUGCAGUUCCAGAAAAUUCAGAAAGCCAAGGAACUACUCACAGAUCCAGAGAAACGAGCUUUGUAUGACAAAUGGCGCAGAUGUGGUUUUACUAUUCCAUUUGAACAGUUUUUAAAUCUCAGUAAAGCUGCUCAUACUUCUGUGCAUUGGGUAACUAAAAAACAGAAAGAUCUGAUGUUAGAAAAUGCUUGUGAUCUUCCUGAAAAUUGCUGUGAAGAGAGAAGUACGUAUCAGUGUUUUAUGAUAUACAGAAUUUCUUUUUUAAGUAUUGUAAAUUUUCAGACAAAAAGACUCGAGUCCAUAAACAUAUAAACCAUGAGUAUG